CCAUUGGACAAUAAACUUGAGUCUUUAUUCUCCCUCUUUAAAACCCUCCCUCUCACUCCAUUCCUUAUUCUUGUCCACCUUUCAUUUCCUCUACACACGCACAGACUUGAUAUAUAAUACAAGUACGUGAAUCAACACACACUUAUCAGUAUCAUCACUCUCUCAUUGACCUCCCUCUUCCUCUAAUGGCACCUCCCCAUCUCCUUCUCCUUCUCCUCCUCCUCUUCUCUCUCUCCUCCCUCCAACCUUCUCUCUCCUCACUCCUCCUCCCCCUCUCCCACUCCCUCUCCUCCGCCCUCUUCAACUCCACCCCGCACCUCCUCAAGUCCACCGCCUCCCGCUCCGCCUCCCGCUUUCGGCGGCGCGUCUCCCUCCCCCUCUCCCCGGGGGCGGACUACACCCUCUCCUUCUCCCUCGGCCCCCAAACCAUCUCCCUCUACAUGGACACCGGCAGCGACGUCGUUUGGGUCCCCUGCCACCCCUUCGACUGCAUCCUCUGCGAGGGCAAGUACUCCCCCUCCUCCAUCCCCCACCCCUCCCCCCUCAACCUCUCCUCCGCCGCCCGCCUCCCCUGCAAAUCCCCCUCCUGCUCCGCCGUCCACUCCUCCCUCCCCUCCUCCGACCUCUGCGCCAUCGCCAAUUGCCCCCUCGAGACCAUCGAAAUCAGCGACUGCCACAAAUUCCCCUGCCCCCCUUUCUACUACGCCUAUGGCGACGGCAGCUUCGUCGCAAAGCUCUACCACGACACCCUCUCCUUCCCCUCCUCGCCGUCUCUCAAUCUCCCCAAUUUCACCUUCGGCUGCGCCCACUCCGCCCUCGGCGAGCCAAUCGGCGUCGCCGGAUUCGGCCGCGGACGCCUCUCCUUCCCGGCGCAGCUCGCCCGCAGCUCGCCGGAGAUCGGCAACUACUUCUCCUACUGUUUGAUCGCGCACGAAUUCGACGCCGCGCGGGUUCUGAAGCCGAGCCCCCUCAUUCUCGGCCGGCGCGAGAAGAAGAAGAAGAUCAAUAGCGAUAUCUCUGAGGAAGAAGAAGAGGUUUACUACAGCUACACGCCGAUGCUCUACAAUCCCAAGCACUCAUACUUUUACUGCGUCGGCCUCGAGGCGGUUUCAAUCGGGAAAAUCAAAAUUCCGGCGCCGGCGAGCCUCCAGCGGGUCGACCGGAGGGGGAACGGCGGGAUGGUGGUGGACUCGGGGACCACCUUCACCAUGCUGCCAAGGAAAUUCUACCUCGCGGUGGUGCGGGAAUUUAACCGGCGCGUUGCGGCGGCGCACCGGCGGGCGGGCGGGGUGGAGGAGCGGACGGGGCUGAGCCCGUGCUACUACGGGGAUUCCUUCGACGACGUGCCGCGGCUGGCGUGGCAUUUCGGGGGGAAUUCGACGGUGGCGAUGCCGCGGAGGAACUACUUCUACGAGUUCCUGGACGGCGAGGCGAAGCGGAAGGUGGGGUGCGUGAUGCUGAUGGACAGUGGGGAUGAGGCGGAGAGCGAAGGCGGGCCGGCGGGGCUGCUGGGGAACUACCAGCAGCAGGGGUUUGAGGUGGUUUAUGACUUGGAGGAGAAGCGCCUCGGCUUCGCCAGCCGCAAGUGCGCAUCUUUGUGGGAUACUUUGAAGUAGCGGCUAACGUGCGCAAGUCAACUGGGUUGACUCCUUUGGAACAUGGUCAAACAGGUCGGGUCGUAUCUGCCUAAGAUUUUAACUGCUUCAAGUUUUGUGAGUUGAUGGAAGAAAUUGAGAUAAUUUUGGAGGGUCGACGUGCAAAUAAUGGAAGCUUGUAAAUUUGUAAAUUUUUUAUAUUAAUUUGUUGUUUGUGUAUGUGUAACAUACCCCUUGGAUAUAAAGGAAAAACUAAAAUUAAAUUGUCUAA